GAGCGCACACAGCUAAUCAUCAUUACCAUUACAUUUUACUUAACAUUACUAUGCACACAAGCAAUCGUCAACAAGUGUCAAUUGCAUCCGUUACACUCUUUGAUAUAUAUAAAACAAUAUAAAUAGCAUAAACAUCAAUUAUUAUUACGAUUUUACUGAAGCCAUUUCCCUGAAGUUGUCAGCGACAAAUUUAACAGAUUGACAGUUUAUUUUUAUAAUAAAAAAUGGCAAAAUUAAAGCCAACUGUUUUGCAAAUAGAAGUCUCAACUAACGAGCAAUGGAAUGAAUUGCUAACAAGACCGGGUUUAAUACUAGUUGAUAUUUAUUCCUCGUGGUCUGGACCCUGCGUCGCGAUGGUGUCGACUCUAAAGAAAAUAAAAGUCGAAUUAGGAGGUGAUUUGCUAGAUUACGCCAUCGCCCAAAAUGAUGACAUCGAUGCGCUAGAAAGAUUUCGCGGGCGAAGCGAACCCGUUUGGAUGUUCCUCCAAAACGGCAGGUCGGUUAAUUUGACCUUUGGGUCCGACUGCAAGAAUUUGAAAAGCAUUUUGGUGCAGGAAAUAAAACGCGCUGGAGCCAAUGAAGCGCCGGAGUGGGAACUGAGAGCUGAGGAUCCUUGUCCAGCUGAAGUCGGUAAAUUCGGUGACUUUGAUUGGAAAAAACAGAGGGAGAAAGAAAAGCUGGCUAGAGAUGAAGACGAAAAACGUAAAAAGUAUGAAGAGUACAUGGAACAGAUGACCGUUGAGUUGAGUGAAGAAACGGCGCUAAUUAUAUUCCCUUGGAUAUUUAUGGACGAUCAUGGCCAUCAGAAAGACAAGGAACAGAGCCCGCCGUAUUUAGAAUUGAUGUACCGCGUAUUGCCGGAUAGAUUCGACGUAUUAGAGCAGACUCGGAUACAGCUGACGGAGGAUAUCGUCGAGAAGAUGUUUGUUGAAAGCGCAGUGCCGCUGACAGACGGUUUGUUGAUGAGAUUCAUCGAGGGCGGGAGUGUGGCGAUGAGAUUGAAAGCAAAACCGCCACCGGCAGAUUGGCCAGUUCCUUAUCCGUUUAUCGGUUCGGAGGGCAAGAGAUGUCCAGCUCGAGCUAUUGACGACGCGGAAAAUUUCAUCAAAUACGUGGUACAAGAAGCCGUGUCCACUAGAGACGACAAGCGAUUGAGUUUCGUGCAGAGAUACAGCCUCGUAAUCGAGAAUGAAGAAAAUCAAGACCAAGAUGGAGAUAAAUCCAGGGAAAGCGUUUAUCCUCCCGUCUGGUUUCCCUCGAAUGCCAGGUCAAAAGUUCACGUCUUCAAGACACUUUUCCCAGGUUACAUGGAAAAAGCCCAUGGCUACAAACCAGUAAAAGAGGCGGCACGUUUUGUAUUUAAAUUUGACAUCUCCAAGCUGUCUAUUGUCAGAGAAAAUUGCCGGAUGUUUCCGGAUGCUAUCGAUCACUUUGGGAUUUUCGAGUCCGAUGAUCCAAAUUCUACGAGGCUCGCGUCAACUCCUGACAUUGAAGCUUUCGAUGGACAAUCGUAUGGACAAAUUAUAAUAAUCGUGAUGAGGAAAAUAAACGACGCGGUUUUUCUAGCAUUCGCUGGAAAUUAUCCAACUUAUAUCGAAGAUAAUGUUAUUGAAGUUGCAAGAAUUAUUGAGGAAUAUUUUCCGACAGUUCCAGAUGCUGAUCAAGAAGAGGAAGAAGAAGAAGAAGAGGAAGAGGAAGAGGAAGAAAAUUCUUGUGAAUACGAAGAAUCAUUUGAUUGAAUAAAUAAUGAAAAAUUAGUAGACGUUGAUAAAAAUAUCUGUAGAAGGUUAAUGAUAUUAAAGUGUCAUAAUUACUGGCCUGCCUCAAUAAUCUAUUUUUAAUAUUUUAGCUGUAAUAACCCGUCGUUUACACAGUAGUUAAGUCACUACUCCUUCCCAUGUGUAUCAACCCCAUGAAGUUCGAAGGUCGCGGGGAACUGAUAAU